AUGUUACUUAACUUGGGAUUUACAAAACCAAGUGAUUCUCCCUUGGGUGCUAGAAUGUUAUUCCUGAAAAAGAAAGAUGGGUCACUUCAAAUGUGUAUCGACUAUCGAGAACUGAAUAAACUCACUACAAAGAAUAAAUAUCCUCUACCCCGAAUUGACCAUUUGUUUGAUCAAUUGAAGGGUAAGACAGUCUUUUCAGAGAUCGAUCUUUGCCCAGGUUACCAUCAACUGAGAAUUCGAGAGGUGGAUAUCCCAAAGACUACAUUCCGUACUCGGUAUGGACAUUAUGAGUUUCUGGUGAUGUCUUUCGGACUCACCAAGGCCCUGGUUGCAUUUAUGGAUCUUAUGAACCAAGUAUUCAAAGAUUACCUGGACAAGUUUGUGAUAGUAUUCAUUGAUGAUAUUCUGGUUUAUUCUGAAUUAGAGGAAGAACAUGAGUUACAUCUUAGAUUAAAAGACCUGGACAUUAGACAAAGGCGUUGGCUUGAGAUGAUAAAGGAUUAUGACUAUGAAAUUCUGUAUCAUCAUGGGAAGAAAGGGAAGCUUAGCCCAAGGUUGAUUGGACCUUUUGAGAUCCUUGAAAGGAUAGGGCAAGUAGCGUACAUGUUGGCUAUGCCUCAAGCAAUGGUAGCUGUACAUACUGUGUUUUAUGUUUCAAUGCUUCAGAAAUACGUAUCAGAUCUGUCCCAUAUACUGAGUUAUGAAGCAUUGGAACUCCGGCCAGAUCUUUCAUAUGAGGAACAAUCGGUGCAUGUGUUAGACAGAAGAGAGAAAGUCUUGAGAAACAAGACAAUUGCACUAAUCAAAGUAUUAUGGAGGAAUAGUAAAGUAGAAGAGGCAAGCCUAGGAAAUCGAGAUAGGUAUGCACCAGAAAUAUUUAGAGUUGUUCAGGUAAAUUUUGUUGGAAAUAUUUUAGCAGGAUCUAGAAUUACUACCAAGUAUGUUUGA